AUGUUGGUUGUCUUAGGUCCAGGACUACGGUCUGGCCUGGCUCGCGUGGUCUUCCUCCUUCUCCUUGGGAGUGCGUGCGUUGUGCACGCGUCGUGCGCUCCAGGCCCUUCUCUGGGUCUGGGGCUGUUGUGGGACUUUGCCGUGAUUCCCCCGCGUAUCUUCCCCUCCUCCUGCUGCCUGCGGGUGCGCGCACUUUCACCGGCAGGCACGAGGCGCACAGCGUGCGUGGCCCACGUUGGAGCCGCCACCUCCUGUUAA